UGGUCCUUUGUUCUGGCCAAAGACUGACCUCAAAGUAUUACCUCCUGAGUUGAAAACAAAAGAGUUAGGGAGGCCUAGGAAAUCGAAUGAAAGAAAUAGGUGAGUAUCCUAGAAGUGGGAAGUUGCCCAAGAGGGGUACGACCAUUACUUGUCAUUUGUGUUUCAAGAAGGGACACAACAAAAAAGGGUGUCCCCACAAAGAGGAGAUUUUGCAAGGAAAUACAACCUUCCCUUCUGAUAUGCAAGCACAGACUUCUGACCUAGGACCUAUCCCUUCUGAUGUCCAAGCCGGAAGUUCUAACCCACCUAAAAAGACAUGUGGAAUCUGCUCCCAACUAGGUCACACUAAGAACGGGUGUCCUCAGAAGAAAACCUCAAAUCAGAGACUAACAAUGACAAUCCAACUCCAACUCCAUCACAACCAGAUGUAGGUUCUCAUACACUUCAAGCAUACUUCUCAGAGAAUCAAGCAACAAAUGACACAACAAGUGAUGGUGUAUUUCAGUUUAGGGGCCAGAGAUCCAUAGGUGCUGCAGGUUCGGAGAGACUAAGAGCAAGGAAUGCAAAGAACAUCAAUGCCAAAGCUCAAAAAUUAAAGAAAAGGAAUGUUGAACCCUUGGAAGUUACUGGUGAUGCCACAACUGCAAGAAAGAGGUUCCAUGAGUUAUUUGAUUCCAUGGAAGACAGUGGUGGGAACUAGAGAGGCACCUUUUUAGAAAAUCUAUGUAAUUGUUGAAACUCUGUUAUGUUUUUGGGAAGAUCCGUGUACCUAUUUUGCAUAUACG